GAAAAAAAAGGUGUCCCAUCUUCCCCCACCCCACUAUAAAAAAACUGAAAUACAAUUCCCAUUCCCCCCUUAUCUUCUUCAUAAGGUAGGCGUCGCCCUUGGGUUUCUACUUCCUCCACUUAUUGUACCCGACUCAAACGAUAACGAAGUCGUUUCGAUUCAUCUCCGAUAUUUGUUUAUUGGAACUGCUGCUGUUACAACUGCGCUUGCGUUGCUGGUUAUAGUAUUUUUCAGGAAACAGCCAACCCUCCCACCCAGCAAAGCGCAAGCACUUUUCCGUGCUUCCAAUGAGCAACAGAACGAGUCUUAUAUCGCAUCAGUGAAACAGCUUAUAUUUUCCACGCCGUCUCUGCUUCUUAUUAUAUCAUACGGUGUUAACACGGGUUCUUUCUAUGCAAUUUCGACGCUUCUAAACCAAGAAAUUUUGAACUUCUAUCCGGAUAAUAUAGUAGAAGCUGGGCAGAUAGGGCUUACAAUGGUACUUGCUGGCAUUGUGGGUUCCGUCGUAUGCGGUGUAUGGUUGGACAGAACACGUAUCUAUAAAAUGACAACUGUCGGGAUUUACGUUUCUACUUUAUUAUUCAUGGUACUGUACACAGCCACGUUAAAUCUUGGGCAACUGUGGAUUGUUUUUAUAGCAAGCGGGGCGCUGGGGUUCACUAUGACCGGCUAUCUACCAAUCGGCUUCGAGUUUGCAGCAGAAUUAACUUACCCGGUAUCUGAAGGAACUUCGUCCGGACUUCUAAAUGCAUCUGCUCAGAUAUUCGGGAUCGUCUUUACAUUAUGCAUGGGGCAGUUGAUCCCCGCUUCCUCCGUGUUAGGAGCAAACCUCUUUAUAUGCGCCACGUUGUUGAUUGGAUCGAUUAUAACAGCAACUAUCAAAGAAAAUCUAAAGAGACAAGCCGCUAACCGGACCGUGCAAACAGAAGAU